GCAAUACAUUGAUCCACUUUCGUUAGCAGCAGAAAUCCGCAAGAGCAAUAGCGUUCGCGCAUCCUCCCUCCGCCCACUGUGCCACCCCUCCAUAGUUCCCUCUCUAACUCAUAGGAACUUCUUCAACAAAACAAACAUCGAUCACAAGCACAUUUAAAAGAUUUGGCAGACAGCUAUGAAGUCCUUCUCCACCAUCCUUGAGGCCCUCUAUCAUCAUGCCGCAGAGACCCCCGACAAGAUAGUCUUCACAUGGGUGAAUAUCAAGUGUGAGGAACAGAACAAGAUGACAUUCAAAGAAUUGGAGGAUCAGUCGAAUGCUGUGGCUGCUCGUCUCAUCAAGCUUGGAUGCAAGAAGGGAGACCGUGUCAUGGUGGCCUAUCCUUUUGGCCUUGAGUUCUUGACCGGCAUGUUUGGAGCCAUGAAGAUUGGAGUCAUCCCCUGCUCCAUCUAUCCGCCCAAUCCCAAUCAGCUCAAGAUUGACAUGCCCAAAUUCCGCAGAUUUGCUGAAGAUGCCGGAGCCAAGUUUGCCAUUUCUACCAGCAUGUUUGCUACUGCGAUGACUGCCACUGGUGUCCUUUACAAGACUGGUGUCAAGUGGAUUGGGACUGACAAGCUCUCAAUUAAAAAAUCCAACCCAACAAAAAAGCCCAGAAUAUAUGAGAAAUUUGUGGGCGAACCAGAAGAUAUCUGCUUCAUCCAAUACACAUCCGGUAGUACAGGACGUCCCAAAGGAGUCAUGAUCACUCACAACAACUUGGUGGAAACAUGCAAAGCCGGUGUUGCUUUGACGGAUUGUUUAGAACCCAACGAUGUGGAAGUCUUAUGGGUCCCUCAAUACCAUGACAUGGGACUUGUAACUGGCUUUAUGGGUGCUACAUAUUCUGGCACCCCUCUUGUCAUGGCUUCACCAUUGGAUUUUAUUGUCAACCCAUUGCUGUGGACUGAUAUGGUUGAGACAUACCAAGCAACUCUCACGUGUGCCCCAAACUUUGCCUAUGCUUUGCUUCUCAAGCGGUUGAAGCAGGCCAAUCGGACUGCCAACUGGAGUUGUGUGAAGCGUGCCAUGUUUGGUGGUGAACCUGCUCAAAGCCAUGUUGUCGAAGCAGUGGCGAAAACCCUCUCUGUCAAACCCGAACAUAUCUACAACAACUACGGUCUAGCUGAAUCAGUUGUGCUUCUCACUGGUGGACCUGCCUGCCCAGAUGCUGAGGGUGUCGUAUGCUGCGGUGUAGUAGACUCCCCAACCCUCAAACUUCGAAUUGUUGAGGAUGGAAAAGAGGUUGAACAAGGAAAGGUUGGCAGUAUCUGGGCCCAGUCGCCCCGUGUUGCAGCUGGCUACUAUGGCCAGCCAGAGCUGACAACCUCAAUCUUCGCAAAUGCAUUGCUUGGCUAUGAUGGCAUCUGGCUUGACACUGGAGAUUUAGGCAAGGUGGUUGAUGGUCAGCUCUAUGUUACUGGAAGAGUCAAAGAUGUCAUCAUCAUCAAUGGCAAGAACUACUACCCAACCGAUGUGGAGCUCUCAGUUGAUGAAACUUUUGGCGACAUCAUCCGCCCAGGAAGGACAAGUGCAUUCCAGCACGGAGAAGCCAGUGUUGGUAUUACUGUGGAGGGUCGCACUGGAUUUGAUAAGUCAGUAAACGAACGUUUGGCCGUUCAGAUAGCCAACCAUGCAUCCCAAGUCCAUGGGUUGUUUGUAUCCGAAGUUCUGGUCCUCAAGUUGGGUGUGACUCCCAAGACAACAUCUGGCAAGCUGAAGAGGAGUGAGAUCAGGAAGACAACUUUAGCUGGUGAUUGGAAGGCAUCUGAUGUGCUCAUCAGAUUCCAGCAACAUGACAAACCUGUUCCACUGAUUGAUGACUCCACAUAUAUCUGUGACUUUGAUCCUAGCCAAACAAAUGCCCUUCCUGGCAGAGCUGUCAAAGCUGUCAGAGCCAUUGAAUGCGACCCUAGCAAGUUGGAUGAUAACUUCUUUGAUCUACAUCUUUCUGGAGUCCCUGGUAUUGAGGGUGCUUGGUCCAAAGCUGUCAAGACAACAACUGAAAUGCAAACCAUGUGUUCUCAAAUUAUGCAGCAUCUUGUCAACAAGCACCCUACUAUCUGCCAGCUUGCUCACACCUUAUGUGAGAAUCCAGGCUGGAUUUUGAUUGAUGACAGGACAGGUUUCCUUUCUCAGCUUGCGCAUCAAGUCUUUGUUCUUCAAUGGGUAUCAACCUUCAUGAUGGAUCACCCUGGGUGCAUGCAGCAGAAGUUGCAGAAUGAUAAGGAAGAAGAAGCCUUGAACCCCAGUAUUCAGGGAGUUCCUUCUGAGCUGCAAGAGUUUCUCAAUCUUCCAGAACAAGAUCCUAUGUAUGGUAAUUGGCCAUUCUUUUUUUGGAUUAAGAACAGGUCAACCCGUGUUAUGUUGGAACUUGCCCUGGAAAGUGUGGGAUCUCCUGAAGGCCCUGCUAUUGAAACGCAAAUUGAAAGAAUCAACAACUUGGGUUGCAUCAAUUUGUUGGAGGCCGUUUGGCUGGAACAAAACAAUGACCUCAAGGAAAACUCUGAAGUUGGCAGGAUACUUGCUACGCAUCCUGUUUUAGCGGCAAGGAUCCAAUCAAAGAUGGCUUUGAUGGAGCACUCAAAUGCUCAUUUGAAUGAUCUUUACAUUGCCUGGAACAUGCAUGUUGUCUCCUGGAUUGGAGACGAUGAGUCUUCCAGCUGGUUGAUCUCCAAAUUGCUGCUGCCCUGCAUUGUUGGAGAUGCACAUGACGCAUUCAUGUAUGCAAGGUUAACAAGCCUGUAUCUGGUUUUACAGACCAUUGGGAGGAAGCUAAAAUCUCCCAAAUUUUCUGCCAAAUCAAUCCUGUCAAGAAGAGCACUCCAUUCUUUUGGAAGGCUUAACCUCUCUUGGGCUCAAAAGCUUGGGUGUACCACACCAUCACAGACGAGCAACAAUGGGAUGGCACUCAAUGAAGCAUACUGGCUGUCCAACUUCAACCAGUGGGGAGGGGGGAAGGAUCGUUUGGCUCAGACAAGCAGCACAGAUAAUGUUACAAACCCAGAAGAUUGCUUCUCCACAAGAUAUGCCAACACCAUCACCUCUGUCUUGGGUUCUGAAGUGGACGCAUCAAAAACAUGGGCUGAGAAUGGACUUACAUCUCUUAAGAGUGCUGAGCUCAGGAACAAGGUGGAAGAAGAGUUGCACGUAGUUCUCCCCGCGAACUUUGAACAGCUCUACACGACAUCAACUGAACUUGCAGCCUUCUUGGAAGCAUCAGAGAGCAAGAGCUUUGCAAAGCAGGACUGGUACAAUAACCCUGACUUCCUAAAGAACUCAUCUGGUUUCAGGCUCAACAAACUUCAGCUUGCAGUAGUCCAAACAGUUGGACUACUCGCCAUUCUGCUCUUGUUCUUUGUAUCAGUUGUGCCGUCCUACUUUCUUGUCACCUGGGUACUGGGAAACUGUGACUCAAAUGAAGAAGAGGUGUGCCACGGACCAUUCUUUUGGGCACUCUUACCUCUGGCCUUUCCUUUAUUCCUUCUGUCUUUAUCAGUGAUUGUGGUACUCUGCAAGGUUGCUGUUGUCAGGAACUAUCGAUCUCAACAGUAUCAGCUCUUGUCAUGGGACUAUGUUCGCUGGUGGUUUGUUGAUAGAAUCCUGGAUAUUUGGGAAUCAAUUGUUGGGCAGUUUCUUUUGGAGACGAAGUUCAUUUGGAUCUUCUAUAAGAUUCUUGGAGCAGACCUGGCGUGGUCUGCCAAGAUUGAAUCCUAUAUCCGAGAGUUUGACCUUGUGACAGUUGGUAAAAAUUCAGUCAUAAGCCACCCUAUGAAGUGCCGGAAAUUCUCUCAUUCAAAUGGAGAUGGCAACCCCAAGAUAACGUUCUAUCCCAUUGUUGUAGGAAAGAACUGCAAGAUCUCUGGCAUGGUCAGCCCUGGGACCAUGAUUGGAGAUGGCAGCAAGGUGGAAAAAUUGUCUGUUGUUGAUGAGGGAGCCAUUGUACCAGAUGGUGUCCUUGCUCAGGGAAAUCCAGCAUACAAUGCUGGCUUAUUUGAACAUCAAGAAUCACUCCAUUUGGAAGAGUCCAUGUUUGAUAUCUUCAAGAUAUUCUGGAUGGUCUUUGAAGCCUAUCAUUUCUUUGCCCUCUCCUUCUUGGUCCAUGUCGCACUGAACUCAAUCUUGCCCGAUUGGCGCUAUGCUACAAUACUACAUUGGAUUUUGCUGGUUCCUGUCUCCUCCCUACUUGCACUUCUUACAAGCAUUGCUCUGAAAUGGGUACUGAUUGGAAAACGAGACCCAUUGGACGUAUAUGAAGGGUCACUCUAUCACCGGGCAACCAAUUGGGCAUGUGACUUCCACUUCCGUGUGGCUUCUUGGACACUGACUCCCUUCUUUGGCCAGUCCAGAGGCUGGAACUUCAUCCUUUUCCUCCAUGGGCUUGAUGUUGAUAUGGAAUCAAUUCUCAACAACCCAUACAUCAUCUUCUUCCCGUCCAAGGUUGAUUUUGUGAAGAUCGAGAAAUCAUUUGUUGGCACUAUUACUCUGGAUAUGACCACCCCAGCAGACUCAAAGAUUCAACUCAUUAACAGCAGUAUUGGAUAUGGUGUCAAUGUUCAUGCUGGUGUCAAAGUGAUACGAUCAAAAAUCCCUCCAAGGUCCAAUGUUUCUGAUAGUGUCUAUGAUUUGAAUCAUUCGAGCAAGACAUGGAAGCCCAGCAGCUCUGCCUUACUCCUUCCAGAAGUAGCACAACUUCUUUUGAAUGCUGUCAUUUUUGUGUCACUCAUACCAUCCUUUGAGAUUGGCAGUGCUGCGUUGAAAAGCUCCUCCACAGCCAUCGCCAUGUUUGGGUUGACCGGAGCCGUUGCGCUGCAGCUAGUUGUUUGGAUCCUAUUGACCAGAGCUGUUGAGGGCUUGAUGUUGCAUUUGCCUCACAGUGCUCAGCAAGAUGUUUUUGGAAUAUACAUCAACAAUGUAUGGAUUUUUGGAGUUGGCAACUGGCUUGUAAUCCUUCUGUAUGGCACACCCAUGUUUGCCCACUAUGCUCGAUUCAUGGGGGCUGAGGUGGAUGGUGACCUCUGGUACUUUGGAAAUGCUCUGUAUGAGUAUGGUAAACUGCAUUUUCAAGGUUGCACCAUUGUUGACAGCGCCCAUGUUAGUGGACACUACAUUGAUGGGAAUGGGCUUGCCAUUGCUGACACCUACGUAUCUGGGUUGUUGCAUCCAGGAUGCUAUGCCUCUGCUGGGUCUGCAGUCACUGGAAAAGAGAAUGGUCCAUGGAAAGUUUUCUUGAGGAGUGAUCCGGGAAUGCAAGGUGCCCAAUGAGUGUGAACUGUAGUUCAUCUAUUAUUAUUAGCUAAGUAUACGAGUACACAAGAUAAAUCAAAUCCUUAUGCACUUUCUA